AUGGUCCGACGACAUUCUGUUGCUAACGUCGUGCCUGUGUCCCAGACGCCAGCCGAGAUCCAGAAGGCAAUUGGUAAUCGAGACAGCCAGGAAGAGGAACUCGCGUUUUUAGCUCCUCCAGCGAAGAAGAGGAAGCGGCGCAGCCUGAUGCCGCAUAUUUGGCUCCGUCUGGAGCUCUUUGAGCUCGGCCUUUUGCCGCUACCGUCCAAGUACGCCGCCACGUUGACGCUGAGCAAUGUGAAAAAAGCACUGGAUGCGCUGCAUCGAAAGGAUCAGACGAGCGGUGGACUUGACGCCGUUGCUGGGGAGGACGCGGUGAUGCUGGACACCGAAGGCGCGUUUACCGAGAGUGAUAAUUUGAAUUCUGUCACGUUUGUGGUCUGGAAAGAAGCAGUGGACGAUAUUUUUCGGUGGAGAGAGCAGGAUUACGAGGCUUUUUGGCUGCUACUGGUACAGUUGCAUCGGAUGAUUCCAGUGAAAGAUGAAGUGGCGGACGUGUCGGUGCCGCUAGAUGUUGAACAGUGUCUGGAGAAAGAGAAAAUACCGGUGUUCAAGAUGGCUAUUUUUCUCUUUAUUCAGACGGUCGAACCACAUUCGUGGAGGACGAAAUACUCGCUGGAAUCGUACAAUGCCGUCUGGUACAGAGAACAUGCCGAGAGUUUUGUCACGGCGGCUAGUCUGGAAACGGCAGCUGUUGUAGCUGCUACGGCUUUGCCACGAUCGCCAAUUUUGGUCGCUUUGGGCUCGCCACAUCAGAGGGGCGGUGCUAGCCCGCCGCCGCCGCAGUCUCCACACGCUGUGGGCAUGGCAGACCGCUCGACAGCGGACGCGUAUUACUUGGCGUUUGUGCGCGAAAAGCUAGGAGAUUUGUUUGGGCUUCUGUAUCCUUCCAUCGAUAUGAACGAAGACUCGUCAACGGUUGUAAGCGCAGACCAGGUUGACCUGUUGUCGUUCAUGUUGUGUCUGGGAGACGUAAGUUUUGUGGAUAAGCAUGUCAAGCUAAGCUCGUGCUAUCCGGCGUGGAAGCAGUCUCACAACAGCGGUGCGAUCUCUGACACGGACGCAGCUAAGGAUUUCGUGCCUCUUGUGGACAAUGGAGCCAAGGUUUGUCGAUUCUACAAGACCCAUUUAUCGCUGAACGAGAAACUGUAUCCACCAGUGGGGUACUCUGUCGCCCCGUCUGCGGUGAAUUCGAAGAGCUCGUCGGCACCUUCACCCCCUGCCUUUUCGCUAAACGAUGACUUUUCGUUGGAUAGUGUCGCAGACGCACCCGUUUCAGAGAAGUCCGCAACUCGUCCGCUCGUGCUAUCGCACCUCGUAAAGACGACCUUGAUCAAGCGCGCCGACGAGUUUGUGAGGUCUAAUGAUGCUAGCCAUCAUCCAGACCUCGUCAUGUUUUCCUGUCAAGACUCCACAAAUGUGACGAUCUCAGCAUGCAAGAACUGCCGUAUAGUCACGGCGCCAAACACAGGAAUUCUACUGAUGGAGCGAUGCGAAAACGUGCAGCUCACGUGUCUAUCUGGUCUCAUUCGCGUCAGCAACUGCCUGGACACGUGCCUUAACGCGUACACACUAUCUCCGAUUAUUGUCAGUGGCGAAACCCUCGGUGUGGUUUUGGGGCCGUAUAACACCAAGUAUUCCGGGCUGAAGCAGCAGCUGUCCACGAUGCCGUUUUUGUACAACGUGGAGUCUCAUGGCUGUUGGCACGUUUUUCUGAACUUGGACGACGAGAAAGACAGCAUGGCUAUCACGGAGAAAUCUGCCGUGUCAGUCCAAUUGCCCGAAACGUUUCGCGACGUGUGUGUUCCUUUGAAAUCAGCAGCCGGGGUCGGGUCCACAGAGCGACCGUUUCCAAUCCCUUCCGAGUACGUGGCUGCGGUGAAGAAACAGCACGAGACGGUCGAGUCGCUCCGACAGUUGGUAACGAGCAACGAGUUUGACUUGACGGCGAAGCGCACCAUGGAAAUGGUGAUUCAGCUCAAGUUCAAAGAGUGGCUGUCAGCGACAAACAAUGUGCGGCAGAUUCUGGACUUGGUCCAUCUCGAUCGCGCGAAUGAGACGGCCAGUAAAGAGUCGUAG